AUGCGAAAACCCACUACAAUUAAUACCCUGUACUGGCUCACUCUGCUGGUUCUCAGCUCUAAAUGGCGGCCUAGCGCACAAGGCAUCAACUUCAACUGCCCCACCAUCUCAGACGCAUACAAAAGGAAAAUUUGUCAAAAAAUACUUUGGUCUUUUUUUCUUUCCUCUUCAUUCAAAAUAUUGAACAACGCAAAAAACAACGUUCAUGUUACUCUCACGAUAAUUGAUGCGAGGUGCGUCGCAAGACCUGCGCCCAAGACCACCGAUUCAGAGGAACACAGAAUGGAGAGAAAAGCGAACAAUCUUGGGUGCGGUGCUUCCCUCGACUAUGGGGAGGAGCGCAAUGAUUGA